UGAUUAUUCGAGAAUUGGUUUUCACACGUAAACUGAAUUAUUUGGCGUACGUUGUUUGCUUCGGCUAGAUGGUUGAUUCUCUCAUUUAAUUUUCUUUCUCACCCCCAUUGACAUGUUGAGCACCGUGAGUAGAUCUAACUCCAUGCUGGGCAAGGUUUUGUAAUAAGGUCAUGGACCAUCAUACCAGUUGACGAGCUUAUCAUCAAUCUACCUGUUUCGAAUUCGCUAUUUCAAUUGAUGAUUUUUCAAGGCUCUAUACUUGAAAGGAGAUGCAGAUCUGUAGCUUGUAGUUUCAUGCAAUGUAAAGGAAAAAUUUCAUGAGUAUAGAAUGUUCGAAGGCAAAGGAGUGCUCUGCAGCUUUAGCACAGAGAAGGGGAGAUCCCUAGCUUGUCACUAAUGCAUGGAGAGGAUCACCGGGCUCUUGAAGCUGUCCUCAAGCUUUAUGAGGCAAUACAGAACAAAAAUCUCCGAGAGUUAUCGGAUAUUCUUGGAGACGAAUGCCGUUGUGUCAGCAACUUCAUCCCCUUUUUCUGGGCAUUCCAGGGGAAAAAGCAAGUUCUGGCAUUUUUCUCUUAUCUUAUCAACAGCUUGGGGAACAACAUCGAGAUCGUGGUGCGACCAACAAUGCAUGAUGGAAUGACCGUUGGCGUCUCGUGGAAGCUAGAAUGGAACAAGAAAACUAUGCCUUUAGGAAAAGGUUUCAGCUUCCAUAUAUGCCAGAUAUACCAAGGAAAAGUGCUAAUAAGGAAUGUUGAGAUGAUCAUGGAAUCGUUUCCUCACAUGGAUAUCUUCAGAUUGGGGAUGCUGGGAUUUCUGAUGAGCAUGUCAGAGAAGAUGAGUUCCUCCAUACCUAUAGAGAGGGAAUCAAAGAGGACUGGGUUCCUUAUUUUGCUUGCUCUGCUUUCUUUGGCAGCAAUUUUUGUAUUGCUUCUGAAGAUCAAGUUUUACUAGACGAGGCAAAAAUAAGAGAGAAACUCAAAUUUUCUGUCUUUCUUUUUCAUUUUACUUUUCCAUUGUAUAAGAAGGAACUGUUGCGUCAAAUUUCCGGGGCACAAGGGACAAUAAUGAAAUCCUAACUACUUUAUGCAUA